UGCCGGAAGAUGCCGGGCCCGAUCACCCGCUCGAUCGGGAAGGGAGCCUGCCUGAGUUGUCUUCAAAGGCCUGGCGCCACUGCCAGUUGCUGCGAGUCUCUGCGAGUGCUGACAGACGCACGGAUGCACGCAUUCGCAUCGCGGGACAUGGUCCGUGCGGUCGGAGCAGAUGUCAGGCAACUGAUUGUGCAGGACAUCGGCUAGGGAAAGAUUCAUAAGGCCUGGUUGGGAAUAGCAUGGGGGCUCGCGUGCGACGGGGACAUAUAUGGGCUUAUGGCUUUGGACGUGUUGCGACAAUUGAGUGCUCCCGGCACGCCGUCACUCACCCUCCCUCCUCGCCGACGUCUGAUCAAAUUCAUCCGACGACUUGCCUCACCUUUUCUCCCCGCCUCCAGAUGCCGUCCCCCUCCUGAGCUCGUCGUUUCCCUCUUUCUCCCCAUGUUCCCCUCCUCCUCCAGCUUCUUCCGCCUUGCCAUGCUCACCGCACUCUUAUCUGCACCACGUGCCUCAACAGCCCUUUCCUGGAGCCCUCAUUCCCCUUCUCUGUCCUCUAUGCCGUCUGCAUCCUCGGCAAUAGAGCUGGCCUAUAUCGCCGCCGCGAGCACACCCUCCGCACGCGUCGUUUCCGUGUCUGCUCUCCCUGAGCCCUCCGCGAACGCAGUCUAUAUCAAUUUGCAUGCGGACUUGGUGGUUUCGCCCUACUCACGGUACUGCGAUGCUCCCAUGGCUUCCUUCACGCCCUCCUAUGUCCCUUUGAACGAUGGCUCGCUCGUUACCGAGACAUAUAUCGCCGGUCUCAAGGUUCAUAAGGCUUGGAUGCUUGUCGCCGGGGCUCUCUGCGCCUAUUUUCUUCGGAACACUCUCACAGCGCUUUCCUUCCUCCGAAGGAGUCGGGUGAAGGACAAGACACUGUUCUAUUUGCUUCUCGCAAGCCAGUUUUUGGGGCUGAUGGGUGCAAUGGCAGCAACGAUAGGAGAUUUCGAUCAGUCUCUUGAUUGCACCGUCAUUGGCGCUGCGAAAAAGAUAUUUAUGAAAGUAUCCUGUGACAUCAUGAUUACAGGUAUCCUCGGAAUCAAGGCAUAUAGAUGUUUGAGCAACUGUCGACUCAUCCUGGCCUUUCUGAGCGCCGUUGUCGUCGUCAUGAUUGCCUUGUUGGUUUUGGAGAUCAUGCAUUAUGAAGGAUACCGUUCAGUGUACGGCGACUGUUCGGGUCCACACUAUUCUCGCUGGUUGUCCGCGAUGGUAAUGGUUGUCUUUGCUGAGACUGCCAUGAUCUGCUGUUGCUUUCUUUGGGCCAUCUGGAAAUCUCACAGAACGCAGGCGGAGGCACGUCUGUCUGUGAACGUGUCGGAGGAGGCCUUUUGUAGACCGGAUACGAACGACGAAAAGAGAAGCGGGGAUGGGAUCAACUCGCGGCGGGGAUGGUGGGACUACGUGCCGGAGGCGCACAUGCCCUCCGGUAACGGCAAAUCCACUUUCGGUGGUAUCGCGCAGAUCAUAUAUUCUGCUCUACGUCGAUUAUGUGGUAGCGAUGACUAUCCACCAAGUAUUGCAUAUCAACGCAAGUCCUCCUUGCCUGGAGAAUUUCCAAUUCCUCAUCCCGCUCGAAGCUCGUUUCGUCGAGGGUGGUACUUAGGCUUUGGACGAUCGCGGAGAUAUGAUAUUCCUGACUCUAUGCUAGAGCCACCUCCAACAACUGCAUGGACGAUCCGCCGGUGGAUCAGAGGCUUCUCUGGAGUCGCAAUGUUUCGCCAGAUGUUGAGGAAUGAGCUGCUAUAUACUACUUUCUUUACCGCAAUAUUCUUGGCGGUGGCGGUCAUCAUGUUAGUGGGAGUGAGCAGGAGGAUGUUACUCGGCCCAGAAGGGUGGAUCGUACUGGAUUGGUUCAUCGUCUCUGCAUUCACUAUGCAUAGCUUCAGAAGAGUCGUCCGCCGGCACGAGGUAGAAGCGAUCCUGCAGCAUCCGGCCGCAUGGGAGCGGAUGCUGCGCACCGAAACGGAUUGCGCGGAAAUAUUCGAAAAGCGUGCGCGACGCUCAAGGCCCUCGCGGGAAAAGCCCAUUUCUCAUCUUCAUUCGCGACAUCGAGAAGGGAUAGAUCCUUUGGAUGACUUGCCGGCGAGUAUCAUGACGAGCUCUGAGCUAUCGUACGAGCUGCCCGUCUCUCCAUACACAAUUGUUCCGCAGAUGACACUGCAACCAACUCGGAAGACCUCAGCAUGGUCCUCACUACCAUCUUUUGACAAUCCUUCACCACUGAAUUUUUCACCGCGGCCAUUUAUGUGGGACUCGGCGGUGGUUCUGCCGUCCUCUCCUGUCAAAAGCGACUCGUCAUCGGAGUCGCGCAUGCAGGCGACGCAGUCCUCGACCACUCCGGCAGGCUCGCAGACACCUCACGACGAGAUCCGACUAUCCCUCGACCUGCGGACCCGUACGCGAACUAGCAAUGAUAGCGAAAAGACUGCGCAUCAUUCAGUAGGAUAGGUGACCGGAGACUUUAUUUUUUGCACGCGUUGUAUUGAAUUCGUUGUAACGCUUCUGAUGCUGUACCAUAGCACAAUGCACCCCAUCGCUGUAUGUAUGUGUGUCCGAGCUGAUACCAUAUCAUAGCAGUCUUAUACUAGAAUCGUAUACCUAUUAGUAGU